UUGGGUCAAUAAGGACAUUCAAAGUUUACAACGUCUCUAAUUUUUGACAUAGUCGCAUGAUGUCGCCCGGUUUGCUGCAUCGACGAAACUUGGGGAAGUUUCUAAGUCCCGCGUUACGGGUCUAUAAGUGCACUCAUCGUUAUAUUAAUUGUUUGUAGGGCUCCUGCAUUGGGGUCAACUCUUCUUGGUUCGAAUGAUUUAUUCCUCCGCUCUGCAUAUGAAAAAAUCAGAAAUAUUCGCGGUUUGAGGCGUCGGAUAACAAUUGAAAUUGAAACAAUCGCCGUUUCGCUAUCGUAAACGACUCAAAGGGGAUUCGUGGAUGAUCGAUAAAAAUGUUUCUUAGUACAUUCGAUACGCAAGUCAAAACGUUGAUCCUGUUCAAAACGAAUAUUUAAUACGAAUUCAGUUGAGAGAGGGAAGGGAAACGAAUUAACCGCGUGUGUGUGUGUGACUACAGAAGUAAAACUUGGAGAGGAAUUUUUUUUAUCUCGAUAGACACGAGGAAACGAGAAAGAGAGAGAGAUAGAAGGAAAAUAAAAAAAGACGAAAACGAAAUAUGUCAGAGCUUGAAAUGCUGCAUGACGAAAAUUCGUUCGUCGUAACGAGCGUCCUGCGUUGAUUUGAUUUUUUCUCUUUCUCUUUUUUCCGUUCAUUAGUGUGCGCCACAAGCAUUAUUUUUAUACACACGAUAGUAGAAAUCCCCGUUGGUGGUGGCCAACCGUGACUAGCAGUGUUUUGUUUCGUUGAUUAAACGAUCGAUGCUACGAUGUCUUGGCCCUCGUGUUUCACGAUCUGAAAAAGGGGUUUGUGGCUUUUCUUUUUUUUAUUCUCGUAAUUAUUCGUCUCGUUCAUUGGAACGAUAUGUUUAGUUAAAUAACAUUAAACGUUAGAUCUCACGGUUACCCCGGCAAGACCGUCUGUAAGAAAUUAAAAAACUAUCCACAAAGGAGAAGAUAUUCGCAGACAAACAAGAAGUGAUUUACAAAAAUGGCAUCGUCUAUGGUGGCUGUUCCUUCUGGAACAGCUUCGGUUCCAGCUGGAACUGGUAUCGCUCAAAACGAAGAUGUGGAGAACGGGAAUGUGUUUACUGAACGAAACAUAAACACUGUUACCAGCUGCAGCGAGACCUCCAAUCCUGGUGAUGCCUUGGAAGAAAUAAACUGUGGCUCAGGCGAAUCAGGUGAUCAGGAAUGUGCUAUUUGCAUGAGCAAACUUUGUUCUCCACGAGUGCUCUCUUGUCUUCAUGUGUUUUGCGAGGCUUGCCUGGAUAAGCUUCUGAUGGACGAGGCAGGUGACUCUAAAGUUAGUUCUGUCCUAAUCUGCCCGCUCUGUCAACAAGAAACUUCCAUUAGUUCUAAGGGUGCUGCGUCACUGACAUGCGAUUAUGUUCUAACGAAUAUACUUGACAUGUCCGCGAUUGAGAACAUGGCUGUACUCUGUACCUCGUGUAAAGCCAAAGAGAGUGCGGUUGCACGUUGCUCGGACUGUGCCAACUUCUUAUGUCCAAAUUGCAACACCGCACACCAGUUCAUGCGUUGUUUUGAAAGUCACAAGGUCAUGGCCUUUGAAGAUUUAAAGCAAUCCAACGAAGCUAUACCAAUACACAAACCUAUUUUUUGCGAAUAUCAUCCUGCUGAAAAUAUGAAAUUUUACUGCUACACUUGCCAGGAACCUAUAUGCAACGAGUGUUUGCUUAUUGAACACAAAGCUCCAGAGCAUCAGUAUGAAAGACUGGUGGAUGCAGAACCACGCCAGAAAGAAGAAUUAAUAAAAUUGAUGAAUGAGAGUAAAGCAAGAAUUGCAGACUGUGACCAAGUAUCUGCACAACUAGAAAAUGCACUUAGUGAAUUACAAGCACAACAUGAUCAAGCUAAAGAUCUAAUUGUAGAGACAUUUCAAAGUUACAAGGCUGUUUUAGAGAAAUGUCGAGACAAUGCCCUGGUUGAGCUUGAAAAAUUACAUUCAGAUAGGGAAUUAGAAAUAAUGGACACGUUUCAUAGCGUUGAAAAGACAGUGGAGAAGAUAGAAGAUGCUUGUCGUUUUACCUCCAGACUUCUUGAGCAUGGUGAUGCUGUGGAGAUCCUUGCUCUUCGUCGUAUUGUAGGAACACAGUUAAUGAAUUUAAUAAAAAACACACCAAAGCCAAAUGUUACAUUUUCUAUUCAAUUUCAAACUGACUACAACCAGUUUGAAAAAGCACUGAAGGAAGUCUUUGGUAAAUUUCAUACGGAAAGCACACCAGUAACAAAAUCCACUCCAGAACCAAUUACAACUAUGUCAGGAGUUUCUGCGAACCAACAAGUUGUUCAUACUUCAAUGGGCUGUCCUCGUUCUAUUAGUACAAGGUCUCCCAUUUCCCUUCCUACAUCAAUGCAAUCCUCCUUCGAAGGUGACCCUUCAUUUGUUAUACCUCCAACAUCCAGCCCUCAAAAUAUACCACCUCCACCACCUUCUGUAUCUCUUCCUCCAGGUCCUAUUCAUGGACUUACAAGUAUUCAAGAAUACAAUCUACAGCAGUUAGCUAGUCUGGCGGAAAAAGUCGAAAUGGUUGGAGACACGAACGUAGUUGGGCCAAGUUCGAAUCCUAGUCCAACGCCGUCUUUCACUUUAGCAGAUUUAUUUGCCGGCGAUCUGAGUUCUACCAGCCAUGCAAUUAAUAAUUUGCAAGCUCUUGCAAAAUUAGGAAACACUCUUGGUAAUCAAGAUCUUGGCAAUCCUACUAUUAAUGGUGGCAGUGGUCUAGUACUAGGGAGAGGUCCUUCACCAGCCAUUGUGGACACACCAAACUUGAGUCUAGCUGCUAACAGUCUUUUAAAUGGAGGAUUUCAAUCAUUAUCUUCAUCCACUUCCACCAUACUUUCACAGGGUGCUGAUGAUUUAAGAGGAGAUUCCAUGCAUAACAUGCCUGUAGUAGUGGGAAAUACAGUUGGCAAUGUAACUGGUUCCGGUUCUGGAAAUUAUACUCAUCCGCGUUCGAAUAACACGAAAUUAACUCCUAUGCAAAUUAGGUGUAAAUUUGGACAGUUAGGUCCCAGUAAAGGUCAAUUCAGCUCACCUCACGGAUUUUGUUUAAGUGCUGAUGAAGAUAUUAUUGUUGCCGACACGAAUAAUCACAGAAUUCAGAUAUUUGAUAAGACUGGCAUAUUCAAAUUCCAAUUUGGUGUUCCUGGUAAGGAGGAGGGGCAAUUAUGGUACCCUAGAAAGAUCGCCGUGAUGAAGAACAGUGGAAAAUUUGUUGUUUGUGAUCGAGGGAACGAACGAUCGAGGAUGCAGAUAUUUACAAAAAGUGGUCAUUUUAUCAAGAAAAUAGCAAUUCGUUACAUCGAUAUUGUAGCUGGCCUAGCUGUGACUAGUGAAGGCCACAUUUUGGCUGUUGAUAGCGUAUCACCGACAGUGUUUGUAAUCAGCGAUACUGGAGAGCUGUUAAACUGGUUCGAUUGCAGUGAAUAUAUGAGAGAACCAAGUGAUAUUGCAAUUAGUGGUAAAGAAUAUUUUGUUUGUGAUUUUAAGGGACAUUGUGUUGUGGUAUUUAACGAGGAGGGAAAUUUUUUGCGUCGUAUUGGCUGUGACAAUGUAACAAACUUCCCAAAUGGGAUCGAUAUUAGCGAUGCAGGAGAUAUAUUAAUAGGAGACUCGCAUGGUAACCGUUUUCACGUGGCUGUUUUUUCAAGAGAUGGUUCCUUGAUUUCCGAAUUUGAAUGUCCAUACGUCAAGGUCUCUCGAUGUUGUGGCUUGAAAAUAACCUCAGAAGGAUAUAUUGUAACUCUGGCUAAAAAUAAUCACCACGUCCUCGUGUUGAACACUCUUUACAUAUCAUGAAGCGAAGAGGCAGACCAAAUAAGUAUGUCGUAACUUUCUUCAGCGAGUGGAAUUAUCUUGGUGAAUGUCGCUCUACUCUCAACGAAGAACAAAUCGAUUAAUACGAAGAAACAAACGAAAGAAAGAAGAAAAAUAUCCAAUAUGCCCGUGACAUUGAGUUUUUUGAGAUUUGGGCCUAUCCAAGCAAUAGAAUUACAAACGAGUGCAGCAUGCAGCUUUAAUAGUCUGUAUAAAAGAAAAAAAAAUGGAAAAACAA